AUGGGCAACAUAGAAGCUUUGAGGGAGGAGUGGAAGACACUUUAUGCUAGCAAGCUCCCAGCGUUCGCACGCGCCAAGAAUUCUGCUCAGCCGAGAUGGCCCGUCACGCUUGACCACUGUUUCGCGCGUAUCAUCCUUGAUAACACGGUCGGUCAGGGCACGCAACAAUGGGACAAAGUAAUACGCAAGCCCGCGGUGAAGCACAUGUCCGAACACCAGCUUAAGGAUGCGAUCGAUCUGGGCAAGAGAAUCGAGUUGGGCGAGAUCAACAUUUGCGACCUUGAUCAAAUCAGCCUGGUGUGUCGUGGGAAGAAUGAGACCAAGUACGAUACAGCUCGGAGUACCAAUUCUGGAAAGACCAAACGCAAGAGCACUGCCAACGACUUUGCCACCAGUGAUGAGACAAAGCUCAAGAAGCCAAGAACGAGUUCACAACAAUCAACACUCUCUUUUGCCACGAGUCCAAGAAAGGGCGAGAAAGCCACAUCGGCAAGUGCUAAGGAAGACAUGGACCCGAAUGUAGACUUCGCUGCGACGCUUGACAAGAUCCGUAACCACUCUUCUCUCACGCCUUAUCGGAAGCGCCUAUACACCGUUUUACUUUCUGUGCCACGAGGCCGGUUCACAACGUAUGCGGCAAUGUCGGACUAUCUUGAAUCAUCGGCGCGCGCCGUAGGCAACGGCAUGAGGAAUAAUCCCUUUGCGCCGGACGUCCCGUGCCAUCGCGUCCUGGCCGCCGAUGGCAGUAUAGGUGGCUUCCACGGCUCAUGGGGACCCGAAGGUAAAUAUGCCAACGACAAGCUCAGGCUGCUGAGAAUCGAAGGCGUGUGCUUCGAUGGCAAGGGUAAGGUAAUUGGCCAGCCUUUCAGAGGGUUUCACGAAUUUCGUGAGCUGAAUGGCGGAGUCAAGUCCACCUGA